AUGGACAAAGUUCAUGAAACAGAUAGUAUCCUCCACCUUGCGUUACAAGAGGGUAUCGUUGCAGAGACUGUAAAUACAAUUUUUGAAGCUGAUAAAAAGGUGGUAGCAGUGUCGAAGAUUCUUAUGGAAGAUCUUUUGAGAAAGGGCCAUAUAACUUAUCACACUUACAAACUACUACAUGAUGGUAUUAGAGAUAAAAAGAUACUCAAGAAAAGACUCCCAACUGUUAAUUCUCUUCAUCGAGGGGCCAGGAAUAGACUUUGGAAAGUGAUCCAUUAUGACCCCUUUGGUCAGUUCUAA